AUGUCGUCCAACGUCCAUCCAUCCAUGGAUGACCCCAAUGCCUGGGUCACCUACCGCUACUAUCCCAGCAUUGCGGCGGCCGGGGUCGCUGUCGGUCUCUUUGGUGUCCUCACCGUGCUUCACGUGGCCAUUGCGGUGCGCCGCCGGACGUGGUAUUUCAUCCCGUUUUGCCUCGGAGGCAUCUUCGAAAUCGUUGGCUACAUCGGCCGCAUCCUCUCGUCCCGCGACCUGUGGGCGCUCGGCCCCUACAUCGUGCAGUCGAUCCUGCUCCUCGUCGCCCCCGCGUUGUUUGCCGCCUCCAUCUACAUUGUCCUCGGCCGCAUCGUCGUGCACGUCCACGGCGAAUCCUGCGCCCUCGUGCCCCCGCGCUGGCUGACCAAGGUCUUUGUCUGCGGCGAUGUGCUCUCCUUCUUGCUGCAGGCCGGCGGUGGCGGCUACCAGGCCGCCGGCACGCUCGCGGCCCUCCACACCGGCGAGCGCAUCAUCAUUGCCGGCCUCUUUGUCCAGCUCGUCUUUUUCGGCGUCUUUGUAGCUGUGGCGGCCGUGUUCCACGUGCGCUUCCUCCGCCGCGGCCACAGCAGCAGCAGUAGCCCUGGACUCCCCGUCUGGCAACGCCAGAUGACGGCGCUGUACGUGGCCUCGGCCCUCAUUUUCGUCCGCUCCGUCUUCCGCGUGAUUGAAUACCUCAUGGGCAACGACGGGUACAUCCUGCGCCACGAGGUGUUCCUCUACGUCUUUGACGGCCUGCUGAUGCUGGCCGUCAUGAUUGUCUUUUUGCUGGCCCAUCCGAACCAAAUGACACGUCUCACCGGCACCAGCAGCAGGACCCGCAUCGCCUCAAGUGGAAGUGGAAGCGACGCCCUGUUUCUUGCAGACAUGCGGAAAGCAGCACGCGGUGGGAGGCAUGGACCUAGUUCUGGUGAGAGCAGUGAGCGGGUGUAG